UACGGCGAGGGUCACGUGACCAGGCGGUCACGUGACGAACCCGGAAGUGCUGUUCGAUGUUUUUGCUCUGUUGACAUCUGUGCUACAUGACAGUCCUGUUAGAGAUGUCUGAAACUCGGGUGUUUUGUUCAUUGCUGCAGUUCUGACGGUUGAUUUGUUAAAGAUUUGUUUGUCUGUGAAUUGUGUUUUGAUUAAAUUGUGUUUAAUCAGGUUUAAAUUCGCAACGCGUUUGCAUGGCAACCUCUUUAUCAGAACAACAGCAUCCUGCACGAGAGGAGGACGCGGAGAAGGAGAGACUGCUGACCUCUGUGACCUUUGACCCCAGUCCUGUUGACCUCAGCGAUGGAGGUCAUGGCAUCCGGCCCUCUCUGGACCUGCAGGGGUCGUCUCUGCGGAAAGAGGCGCAGGAGGAAGACAUGGCGGAGGAAGAGGCUCUGCGCAGGAAGCUGAAGUACUUCUUCAUGAGCCCGUGUGAUAAAUACCACGCCAAGGGCCGCAAACCGUACAAGCUGGUGCUGCAGCUGCUGAAGAUCAUCAUCGUCACCAUGCAGUUGGUGCUGUUCGGUUUGAGUAAUCAGAUGGUGGUGAUGUUUAAGGAUGAGAACACAGACUCGUUUAGGCAUCUCUUCCUGCAGGACUAUCAGGACGACGUAGAGGGGUUCGCCGUACACACACAGAGUGACGUCUAUCAACACAUCAACUACGCCAUAGAGCAGUAUCUGACUCUUCCUCAGAACUCAGUGGGCUGCUACGCCUACGUCUUGGGGUCGGGAGUGAACGGUAGCGCCCUCUCUCUGUGUCAGCACUACUAUAAGAAGGGCAGCAUCGACCCAGUCAACGACACCUUCAAUAUCGACCCUCACGUCAUCACGGAGUGUAUAGGUGUCGAUCCUCCCACAGACCCUUCAGCUCCUCUCCCUGAACACUACAAGAACUUCACCCUCAAAUUCCACAAGCUGAUCAACGUGUCCAUCGAUUUCAAACUAAAGGCCAUAAAUAUCCAGACGAUCAUCAACAACGAGCUUCCCGACUGCUACACCUUCGCCGUCACCAUCCUCUUCGAUAACAGAGCCCACAGUGGGAAAAUGAAGAUCAGUCUGCAUAACCAGGCCGUCAUCAAAGAGUGCAGGGAUCCCAGUGUGUCUGGACACAAGGAGAACUACACGCGGGUGGCGUUUGAUGUGUUGGUGGCCGUAGUGUGUGGCCUCUCUCUGGCGCUGUGUGGACGAUCCAUACUCAGAGGAAUCAUCCUGCAAAAUGAGUUUGUGCGCUUCUUCAGGCAGUCUCUGGGCCGGAGUGUGUGUUGGGGAGACCGAAUGGAGUUCAUUAACGGCUGGUAUUUACUCCUCAUCAUCAGCGACGUUCUCACCAUCAUCGCCUCCUUCAUCAAGAUCGGCAUUGAGACCAAGAACCUGGCGUCCUAUGACGUGUGUGGGAUCCUGAUGGGCACGUCCACGCUGCUGGUGUGGGUGGGAGUGAUCCGCUACCUCAGCUUCUUCCAGAAAUACAACAUCCUGAUUGUGACCCUGAGAGCUGCGUUUCCAAACGUCAUCCGCUUCUGCUGCUGCGCUGCUGCCAUCUAUAUGGGCUACUGCUUCUGCGGCUGGAUCGUCCUGGGACCCUACCACGCUAAAUUCCGUUCCCUAUCCACGGUGUCGGAGUGUCUGUUCUCGCUGAUAAACGGAGACGACAUGUUUGCGACGUUCUCGGAGGUGGAGCGCAGCAGCACGUUGGUGUGGGUCUUCAGUCAGCUCUAUCUCUACACCUUCAUCUCGCUCUUCAUCUACAUGGUGCUGUCGCUCUUCAUCGCCCUCAUCACCGGCGCCUACGACACCAUCACCCAACAAGCCCAAGAGGCUCCUCAUGUGUCAGACCUGCACAUGUUCAUCGCUCAGUGCAUGGACACGCCCACCUCGGGAAAGUUCCAGAGCCCAGAACCUCCGGAGUCCUGCUCACUGUUCUGCUGCUUUAACUAGACAGGGAAGAGUGCGUGUGUGUGUGUGUGUGUGUGUGUUUAACUUCCUGUUUGUAAAUAUUUGGUUGCUGUUCUUAUAGAAGUUUAUUUACAGCUACUGUUUGGCGUGUCAGGUCUCUGGGUCGACAGGGGUGGAGCUUAAGUUCAUCAGCCAAUCACAAACCUGAUCUUAUGACAUCAGCACAAUAGUCGUUCUCACAUCAGAUAGCUUACUAGUGGACUUGUUUGUAGAUAUUCGACUGUACUUGUUAUAAAAUGUAAUACAUGGUUACUGUUUAGCAUGCUAGCGGCUUUGUUGACACAAUAAAUAUUAGCUACUGCUGGAGAGAAAAUCUUAACAUAAACUAAGCUACUAAACAACUUAGCUGGUUAGUGUUGCGUUUAGAUAGCUGGCUAGUUUAGCUAAUGCUGCCUGACUAUUAUAUUGUGAAAUUAAAAUCAGUUUUUAUGCUAAGCAGUUAAAAACCUGCUAGUUUUAAAUUGGGACACAUUUUUAACAGAUAAACACCUCACCGUACGCUAAAC